AUGGCGAUUUCUUCCUCUCUGCUUACUUCCAUUUUCACAGGAUCCCACUUUGCCUUUUUUCCAUUUUUAUUUAACUUUGCUUCACUUUCCACUUGUUUCUUAAUCUCCCCACUAUAUGCUCAUACAUCUCCCCCAGAUUCGUGCACACAAGAGAGCCACCUGUACUUUUCAUCCAUUACUUCAGUCUUCUUUAUCAUCAUGAAGUACUCAGCGCUUAUAAUAUCGAUCUUUGUUUCCCUUGCAGCAGCAGGACUCAUAGACCCAACGUUAGAGGUUGUUUGUCCAGACUCUAACGUGGCACAUUGUUACCCAAAGGUAUUCAAGCCUACUGAUGAGUGGCAAACAGUUCGAGAAGGGCAGGACAUACCACCGGGGUUACAUGUUCGUUUGAAUAUGGAAACAGGAGAACGAGAAGCAAAGCUCGUUCUGGAGGAGGAUUCAGAUGCGCAGGUUCCCGUUUUGGUGGAAGGUGCCCAAGUUGAGCUGGAAGUACCUAUCGAACAGAAGAUUCAAGAAACCCUCAAAAAGUAUAAGCAAGAGCAAAUGAACUUUCGAAAAUCCAAGGUGAGCGAAUCAGAACUCUCCGACUAUGCUUCCUCGGUGGAAGAACUAUUGCAUUUCGGCAAGAACGCAGAUGUCUCGCGCUUGGAAAAGGCCUUGGACACUUUGAUAGACUUGAGUCAUGACAUUGACUUUGGAGAACGUUUGACGAGGGAUCCUAAGGUCUUUUCUUCAUUGUUGGACGCUGCACAGCUUACUUCUUCGGAGUCUCAGAUCCCAGAAAAGUCAUUCCGGAUCAUGGGUUCGUCUUUGAGAAAUAAUCCUGCUGCAGUCACAAAUGUUUUCGAAAAGCAGGAUGACAACUUUAUGGUGACUCUUUUUGCAACAUUAGAGAGCCCAGAAACGCUGGACGUGGUGCGGAAACGGAUUGCAGGGGUGAUACAUGCGCUUGCCUCGGAUAUGGCUUUCGCCUAUCAGUUUUUCAAUGUCGAAGACGCAUCCAAAUCACUUGGUUUUCUGAGGCUUUUGCGUAUUUUUCCAAAAGCAGAUCAUGAAACGCAAGAGCGUAUUGCCAUGCUUUUUGAGGACUUGAAUCUCUUGCCAUCUCUGCCUGACAAGAGAGAUGAAGAUAGCCCCAAACCACAAGAGCGUGUAUCAGAAAUGCUCCAGACUUUGGUGCCAGCUUCACAAUCGGAGGAGCAACUACAGAACAUGUUCAAGUCUUUGGUGGAAUUACACAGAAACCACGAUUUAAGGCCAUCAAAGCAGUUCUUGCAGUGGUUGAGCAAAGAAACGGAGAUGCGUAAGAAUACAAAAAACGUUCGGGACAAAACCGAUGCAGAUUUUGACACCUUUAUGUUAGAGGCCCGUCAUCUUGUUUUCGGAAAUCCCAAUGCCUUGCGGAAGGCUGACGAAUUUUAG